AUGGAGGGGUGUCGACCAAGUUCAUUUCCCAUUGAGCAAAAUCUAAAACUUGUUACUAAUGAAAAGGAUCCGAAAGUUGAUGCAGGUUCUUAUUGUCGUCUCAUAAGACGACUUCUGUAUCUCGAGGCUACUCGACCUGAUAUAGCUUAUUCGGUUAACACUCUUAGUCAAUUUGUUUCAGAUCCGCGUAAAAGUCAUAUGGAUGCUGGUACAAGAGUCCUUCGAUAUCUCAAGACUACUCCAGGUCAAGGCAUACUUUUACCAAAGGAGGGCGGUACAAAUUUAGUUGGUUACUCUGAUUCAGAUUGGCUAGGGUGUCCUCUAACUAGACGCUCCAGAACCGGCUACAUUGUUCUUCUUGGUGGAGCUCCCAUUUCGUGGAAAACCAAAAAGCAAUAUGUUGUCUCGCGUUCUUCCGCUGAAGUUGAGUAUCGUGCAAUGGCCAUAACUGUGAGUGAACUCAUUUGGCUGCGAUGGCUCUUACAAGAGAUGGGAUUUCCUCAACUUAGCUCCACCACACUAUUCUGUGACAACCAAGCAGCAUGA